AUGGAUCCAGAGGCGUCUCUACAAAGCAUGGAGGCUGCCGUGGCAUCCCUGUGCGCUGGCUAUUCUGCUGGCUGCGUGCUGGCCAUUUGUGCAGCGGUCCGACACCGCUGGCAGCACCUUCCUAAACAGGAGCGGGCGAAGAUCCUCCUGGUCCUUCGCAUACUUCGGCUGCUGGACGCCUCGGCGCCGGCCUUAGCUGCAGCUGCUUUGGCUGCAGGCAGCGUGCCAGUCCUUGGUGCCAAAGCCGGCAUCGAGCGAAAGCAAGUGGAGGCAGCCUUUGGUUCAAAGGUGGCCCUCUUGCUGGUGGAACUCCAGCAACUUGCCACGAUCACACGCACCUUCGAGGCAGAGGCACGCGAAUCGGGCAGAUUAUCGCCCGGCCAGGCGGAUUUGGUUCAGACCCUCCUGACCGCUCAGAGGACGCAAAGCUCGUCAUCAGAAACGUUGAUCAUUUUUCUAGCGAAGAAGGCUGCGCAGCUGCGACAGAUCGCAUUUAGACUGAGUGGUGCGCGACGAGGUUCCAACUCGGCUAGCCCCGAGCACUUGGUGGCAGCUGCCUUGGGGACCGAAGUCUUCGGAUCUUUGGCGAAUCUCCUGGGUCUCGGAAGGGGCCUCCUCUUCGCGACGAUGAAGUUUGUGGGGCGCCUCCUUGCGGACCGGCAGUUGGCGAGAGUACAUCCGCCAAACGCCCGCAGGCUUAGCACAGAAGAUUUCGAGGCGCUGGCUUGCCGGACUGGCCUCACACGGGCAGAGAUCGCCCGAUUGUAUGUGUCGUUCAUGAAAAUCACGGGCGGCAACUCGCACGAAGAUGUUGACAAGGUCAUCGAGGAACUGCCCUACUUCGAGGGCCCCCUGCAGGAUCGGAUGAAAACUGCUCUGAAACUACCAGAGAAGGUCGACUUCGUAAUCCUUGCCACGGCGCUCAGUGUGUUUAGCGAGCGUGCAGCACUCGACGACAAGAUGCGCUUCCUUUUCCGUAUGUACAGCUCCGACCUUGGAAGUGUCAGCAAGCAGGAUCUCACCAAUCUCAUGAAUGACGUUCUGCCACCGUUCCCCGACGACGACGAGAGAAACAGGUUAAUCGACCGCGCGGUCCAAGGCACCUUCGAAGA